CUGGACAGACUCACCCUGACCUCCAGAGACUACCUCCCCUUUUCUACAACCUGCAGAACUUAGGUGGGCCCCCAAGCCUCAGUGCUGUUAAGACUGGCCCCAGGAGGGCUGUCGGUCUUUGGGGAGGCAGGAAGGGGUGGGGUCACACAUGUGCUGCCUGCUGAUCCCUCAGCCGUUUCUCAGGGGUCCAGGCUGUACUGAGUGGCUUAGGGGUACCACUGUGGAUAAGGAGACCGCCCCUGGGAAGAGGGCUAUAAAUGAAUGCUGGGGUGUGGCUUACAGGCCUGGGGUAUCUUCAGGGUCUUCCAGGACCCAGACCCUGGGUUCAGUCUGUGGUGACCAGAGCCUCGGUGAGGUCACAGCUGCCCUGGCUGUCCUCUCCCAUCUCCAUAGCUGCUGUCUCGCUGUGCAGCAGCAGGCAGAGCUUCAGACAUUCGGCAGAGGCAGGAAGGUGGGCGCCCCGCUGUAAGGCCUAGGGGUUUCCGGUAUGCUGAGUCAGCUGAGGGAGACACCCACCUGGGGUGAGCUACACAAGUGAAGCAGCUAGGGGUGUGCCUGAUCGCUCAGCUCCCCCCACCCCAUGUCCCUUCUUUUGCCCCCAGAGCCCUGCCUCACAGGAUGGGGCCAUCAGUGCCCGUGUUCCUGCCAGCGCUCUGGGUCCUAGGGUGUUUCUCCCUGCUCCUUUGGCUGUGGGCGUUGUGCACAGCCUGCCACAGGUAUGUUUAUCUUGCCUGCAUUCCUUUUGGGUCCUCAGCCUCUGUGGCCAAGGCAGAAGUUACUAGAAGCAAGCCAGAGCCAGAAUCACACCUCCACGUGCACCUCACGCUGGGCAUGGACCGGCGUCUAGCUAUCCCUGCCUCUGCCUCUGCCCCCUGGCCUGAUGAUACUCUUACCCCCAGGAAGCAGGUGCAGAGCCACCAGGCAAAACUACAGGACACUGUGAUGCUGGCAGACUCGGUGAGUGCCUACUUGUCUGAGGGGCUGGGGGCAGCCAGCAGGGGACCAACCAGCCUUCACUGCCCCCAGGCACUGCUGAGACAGACCCAUCUCUGCUCUCUCAGCACGUCUGACACCAGGCUGCACGAGCUGCACCAUGGUGCCCAUGGCAGCACAGCCCUGAGGCCUGCCAGCAUGGAUCUCCUGCACUCACACUGGCUAGAAACCUCUAGGAGCAGCACCAGGCCACAGGCAGCCCCUUCUGCCUUCCCACCUCAGCAGCUGACUGGGGCCCCUCCUGCCACUGCCACCACAUUGUCCAUUGGUCCUGGGGCCACCUAUUCCAAUGUGGGGCUGCCUGCCAUCCCCAGAGCUAGCCUGGCUGCCAGCCCUGUGGUAUGGGCAGGGACGCAGCUGACCACUGGCUGUGACGAGCUAGGGUCUGGGGCCAGCCCGGCAUUGGCUGAGUAUGCCUCCAUCCAGAAGCUCCAAGGGACAGAUCUGGGCUCCCAAGAACUGCAGCAGUGGAAGGCUAAGGUGCCCCAGCCUGCUCAGGUGGACAUCCUGUACUCCAGGGUCAGCAAACCUAAAAUCAAGGACUUGAGACCCACCACAGGCCACCCAGACUGCAAGAGUACAAGAGCAAUGCUGGAGAGUGACUUUGCCUAUGAGCCCCUCCCUCUUAGGGGCCUGGACACGGACAACAGCCCCCUGGAAAAUAUAUACGAGAGCAUCGGGGAGGUGGGCACCCCUGGAAGUCCAGCACCCCCCAUUAUGCCAAGCAGCAUAAGUGGACAUUACAGAGCAACAAGACAUCUAGGGAAGGGGUGGAGACCGGUCUGUUCCGCACCUGGAUUCCUUCCUCCAACUUGAGCCUCCAGCCCCAAGCUGAUUGAGACUCAGCUCCUACCACUAUGUUGCCCCGUCCGCACGGCCUUUCCUCUCUCAAGCCUGCAUCCUAAUGAAUCUAAGCAAUAAGGACUAC